AACAAUAAUGCCUAUAAGUGUUUCUAAUUGAUUUAUGAGAAAGUGAUUGCACUAUGUUGUCUCAGCGAAUCAUAAUUGGAUUUAAAUAAAAAUUCUCCACUUAUAUCGAGUAUGUGAGUAACAAAAUGCUUGUGAAAUUACGCAACACUAAUAUUCGUUUAUAUAAACCUUGAUAAAAGUACAUUGUUUUAACUUUUGCUUAUUUUAAAUACUUGUGUUUUGUAAACAAACCCUUAGUUUUUACAAUAAAUGAGACACUACGAUGGGAAUGUCGACGUAGCCUAGUAUGUAUUAACAUACUUUUAAAAUGAAGUCUUCUGAAGAUGUAUAACCUAUAGCACAACAUAAAUCUUUCUACCAUGGCUACAUACAACAACAAGCACUGGCUUUUAUCCCACAUCCGUAAUUCAUUCAUAUCAACAGACGAUACAGGCCUGUGUGAGAUGGUUAUGCUAGGCGAAGACUUCCCAAGACAACUGCACUCUAAGUACAAAGAAGAACUUAAGAACCCUGAAAAAAACGCUGAUUAUUUUUGUUAUCCUGGUUUCGAAGAAAGCGAGGAUGAAGAAGCUGAUAUUCUUGCACAAUCAUACGAUUUACAAUUCGAUAUGGAUUUUGGACAUAGAUUAAGAUCCAAUACGGCACAGAGGCUUGAGAAAAUGGAUAUAGCCAAAAAGAAAGCGGCUAAAAUUAAAACUAUCAAAUGGGAAGAAGGGGAUUCUAAUGCUAAAUUUACAGAAGAGGAACGGUCAAACUUUUUUCAGAAGAAAAAAGUCGAAAGUAGGAAACAGACUAAAUUUAAUUCCAAGUUUUCGGAACAAUUAAAAUCAUGUGCUGAUUUACCGAUGAAUCAGUUUAUACAUUUUGGAGGUGUCGAUGGGACUGCGCAGUUUGGAGUUACUACGAAAAGUUUUUAUAUUUUUUUAACAAUGCUGCCGGGAGAUUUACGGGAUUAUCCAAUGCUGGUUACGGUUAUAGCUACGGCUUCUAUCGGGGAACUCAUCGGACUGAUUUGUUAUAAAUGCAGUUUGGCUAAUCCGACAGUUUGUUUAAAACCCGUGCAAUACUACGCUUUGUAUAUAACGGAGGAUGAUGGAGAAGUGAGUAUACAUAAACUAUCAUAG